GGGCCGUCAAUUUUUCAUACAAAGUAUAUUUCCUGCAUGUCGUAUUACCACCCUCCUCCAUUUGAUUCUGAAUGGCAUCUGGGUUCGCAGCUUUGAGAGCAUGCACGCUGGCUCAUGGCACAAUCGCUACCCAGGAGAAUCGCGCAUUGUGCUCGACCUAACUAGUCUCAUCUCAUUGUAUGAUACUGCACUGGCACCUUCCCUCGUCCUGGUUUGCGCGGGUCUUGAACGGUGCGACCACCGCGUGCUCGGGAUAUCAUCAGAGGACAUCUCGCGGUUGAUGAGAAAGCUUACGGAAGUUGUCAGUCGACCAGACUGGGUGGGCAGCGGCAUUGACCAGAAGACCCUUAUCCAUGUCAUCGUCGAUCGAUACGUGGAUCGACUGGAGUUGAUGCAGCAUCUCCUCAAUUUUACUUCAUCAGACUCGCAAGAACUGCUUCAACGAGCGAAGCUGGCGCAGGCUCAGCUCCGUGUUAUGCUUACGCCAUACCUAUUACAUUCCACCGUCGUUCCCAGCUCAGACACUUCAGGCGUAGAUGCACCGCAUUGGGCAUCCCUUAUGUUCAAGAAUUGUGCCACAAUGCACACUUCUGUGAUGAUAAACCAAAUACUCUUAAUGACGUCUUCGGAACACUUGUGACCCUGAAAUCACUCGAUUAAUGGACGAAUUGAGACAAGACAUCCAGAAGUUGAUGUCCUGGUUAGACCGGAGUAUAUGGAUCAAAUGCCGACCUGCCUGCGGUCGAGAGGAAAUGUGCUUCCUCCCUACUUGGCCCGUCAAUUCCCCCAAGCCGAAGGAUACACCUCCACUCGAAGGUGUCGCCCAUGCACUUUUCUUCCUUGCGACGCCGGCGGAGUAUUGGAGGAAGCCUCAAUCAAAGUGCAUUAGCCGCCUCCAGCCGU